CCGCCCAUCCCCGUCGCGCAGGCCCCGCCCCGCUCCCUGCUGCAGCCAUGGUGGCCCUCAAGGGCGUCCCCGCGCUGCUGUCCCCGGAGCUGCUGUACGCCCUGGCGCGGAUGGGACACGGGGACGAGAUCGUCCUGGCAGACGCAAACUUCCCCACCUCGUCCAUCUGCCAGCAUGGGCCUGUGGAGAUCCGCGCAGACGGCCUGUGCGCUCCGCAGCUCCUGGAGGCUGUGCUGAAGCUGCUGCCACUGGACAGCUACGUCUCCAGCCCGGCUGCCGUCAUGGAGCUGGUGCCCAGCGACAGAGAGAGAGGCCUGCAGACCCCGGUAUGGGCCGAGUACGAGGCCAUCCUGUCCAGAGCCGGCUGCACGAAAUCCCUGGCGAAAAUGGAGAGAUUUGAAUUUUAUGAGCGCGCUAAAAAGGCUUUUGCCGUGGUGGCUACAGGGGAGACAGCCCUCUACGGAAACCUCAUCCUCACAAAGGGAGUGCUGGCCCUGGACUCCCCAUACUAGGCCUCCCAGGACACCUGUACCUCGGCGACACCGGCCCCCACCCCCCGGCAGCAGCCAAGGACCUGGCCAGGACGGAGGGGGCGGGGCCUCUGGGGAACCUUGCUGACCAGGAUGGUCCUCCCCAUGUGUGACAACAGUGGAAACACUUGAGCCGUGGGGCCCUCCCCUCUGGGCUUGAGCAGCA